AUUGCGUCAUCGGGGCGCGCGCUGCGGACAACGCUGUGGUUGCCGGAAGUUGAGCGGCGUAGGCAACAAAUAAUGGCAGCAGCUCCGGGGGAUCCUGGGCUCUCCAAAUUGCAGUUUGCUCCCUUUAGCAGUGCCUUGGAUGUUGGAUUCUGGCAUGAGUUGACUCAGAGAAAGCUGAACGAGUAUCGGCUAGAUGAAGCUCCCAAGGACAUUAAGGGCUAUUACUACAAUGGUGAUUCUGCUGGGCUGCCAGCUCGCUUAACGUUGGAGUUCAGUGCUUUUGACAUGAGUGCUCCCACCCCAGCCCGCUGCUGCCCAGCUGUUGGAACGCUCUUUAACACCAACACACUCGAGGCUUUCAAGGCCGCAGAUAAGAAGCUACUUUUGGAGCAAGCAGCGGAUGAGAUAUGGGAAGCCAUAAAAUCAGGUGCUGCUCUCGAAAACCCUGUCCUCCUCAACAAGUUCCUCCUCUUGACAUUUGCAGAUCUAAAGAAGUACCACUUCUACUAUUGGUUUUGCUUCCCUGCUCUCUGCCUUCCAGAGAGUAUACCCCUCAUUCAGGGGCCAGUGGGCUUGCAUCAAAGGUUUUCACCAAAACAGAUUCAAGCCCUCGAGCGUGCAUAUGACGAUCUUUGUCAAACAGAAGGAGUCCCCGCGCUACCUUACUUCUUAAUCAAGUAUGAUGAAAACAUGGUACUGGUUUCCUUGCUUCAACACUACAGUGAUUUCUUCCAAGACCAAAGGACAAAGAUAACAAUUGGUGUAUAUGAUCCCUGUAACUUAGCCCAGCAUCCUGGAUGGCCUUUGAGGAAUCUUUUGGUCUUAGCAGCCCACCGAUGGAGUAGCAGUUUCCAGUCUGUUGAAGUCCUCUGUUUCCGGGACCGCACCAUGCAGGGGGUGAGAGACAUUGCCCACAGCAUCAUCUUCGAAGUGAAGCUUCCAGAAAUGGCAUUUAGCCCAGAUUGUCCCAAAGCAGUCGGAUGGGAAAAAAACCAGAAAGGCGGCAUGGGACCGAGGAUGGUGAACCUCAGUGAAUGUAUGGACCCUAAAAGGUUAGCCGAGUCAUCAGUGGAUUUAAAUCUCAAAUUGAUGUGUUGGAGAUUGGUCCCUACUUUGGACUUAGACAAGGUCGUGUCUGUCAAGUGUCUGCUGCUUGGAGCUGGCACCUUGGGUUGUAAUGUAGCUAGGACAUUGAUGGGUUGGGGCGUCAGACACAUCACAUUUGUGGACAAUGCCAAUAUCUCCUACUCCAAUCCUGUGAGGCAGCCUCUGUAUGAAUUUGAAGAUUGCCUAGCAGGUGGUAAGCCCAAGGCCCUGGCUGCAGCAGACCGGCUUCAGAAAAUAUUCCCUGGAGUGAAUGCCAGAGGGUUCAACAUGAGCAUCCCGAUGCCUGGACACCCAGUGAACUUCUCCAGCGUCACCCUGGAGCAAGCCCGCAGGGAUGUGGAGCAACUGGAGCAGCUCAUUGAAAGCCAUGAUGUCGUUUUCCUGUUGAUGGACACCAGGGAGAGCCGGUGGCUCCCUGCCGUCAUUGCCGCAAGCAAAAGAAAGCUGGUCAUCAAUGCUGCCUUGGGAUUUGACACGUUUGUUGUCAUGAGACAUGGCUUGAAGAAACCUAAGCAACAGGGAGCUGGAGACUUGUGCUCUGGUCACCUUGUGGCACCUGCCGACCUCCUAGGCUCAUCGCUUUUUGCCAACAUCCCUGGCUACAAACUUGGCUGCUAUUUCUGCAAUGAUGUGGUGGCCCCAGGAGAUUCAACCAGAGACCGGACCUUGGACCAGCAGUGCACUGUGAGCCGCCCAGGACUCGCUAUGAUUGCUGGAGCCCUGGCCGUGGAAUUGAUGGUUUCUGUUUUACAGCAUCCAGAAGGGGGCUACGCCAUUGCCAGCAGCAGUGAUGACCGUAUGAACGAGCCACCAACCUCUCUCGGGCUUGUGCCUCACCAGAUCCGGGGAUUUCUGUCACGGUUUGAUAAUGUCCUUCCUGUCAGUCUGGCGUUUGACAAAUGUACAGCUUGUUCUUCCAAAGUUCUUGAUCAAUAUGAACGAGAAGGAUUUAAUUUCCUAGCGAAGGUGUUUAAUUCUUCACAUUCCUUCUUAGAAGAUUUGACCGGUCUCACUUUGCUGCAUCAAGAGACCCAAGCUGCUGAGGUGGCAUCUUGAAUUCCAAAGAACGGGGUAGCACUGCUUUGCACAUCUCCUUGUUGGUGCGAAGAGCAUCAUACAUCAGCCAUGUGUCCUCUCGUUCCAAGGUACCUUUAAUCUACAUCAGGGCUGCUGAAUCAGCCAGCUCCAGCAGGGGAGGCAUUGGCCUGGAAAACUAUUGAGAAGGGUUCGCAAGCCUGGUUCAGAUGUCGUGAGAGAGAGGUUCAUGGCUGAGUAGUAACACCCCCUUGGACAAGCACAAGUCCAUGUCUUUGCUGUCCAUGAUCUAGUUCAGGAUCAGAGGUUCGCUCUAAACUGCAUGGCUUCUGAGGUUACUUUUCCUUCGAGAGGAGAACAGGAUGUAGUGAUUUACAUAAUUCAUUAAUUCAUUCUACAAAAAUUUAUUGAAUUCCUGCUUUGUACAAGACACAGUAGAAAAAUGAAUAAGUCAAAGUUUCUGUCUCCACAAAUUUUAUUCCAUCCAGAGACCUAUAAAUUGUAAAAAUUUCUAUACAGUAAGGUAAUAAGCAUUCUUAGAAAGUGUUGUGGGAGCACAGAGGAAAGAGCUGCUCUCUAUGCCUGGGAAGGGCAGACAGGCUUCACAGAGAAGGUGCCAGUUAGUCCAAACCCGAACUCAGUCCACGUGUAUGGAGCCUGUAAGGGAGUGUGUUUUGACAGCCACCUGGCAUGACCAACAUCUCCCGUUGUUUCUGUAACUAUCAUAUUCAGAAUAUAUAGAACACCACCAUUAUUAUGGCCUUUCUUUUGAGUCUCAAAGCAAUUACACACCCAGGAAGAGAGGAUGAAAUUAAUCUAUCAUUUUGGAUCAAUAUUUACAAGUUUGGCUGUAUGACCUUUGGGUAAGAUACAGCCAGGGAAAUAGGGAGCCAGUACUGGACAGGUGAAAUAGGACACUAAAAGGGAAAAUCAGAAAUGCCAGGGAUGUGGCAACAUUGGCAUUUCCCUCAGGCCAGUUCUGUGUCCACUGCAAAACACAUUCUCUAUAGACAUAUACAAAUAAAGAGAGCAGUGUUUGGAGCCAGAAAUGGCUUCACGGGGGCUGAAAAACCCCAAAUAAAGUCAUUUUGGGGCUAAUCUUUGUAUUUAGAAAGAGUUUUGUCCUAAUCCUAUUUAGGAUUUCUACAACAUACUCUCUCUUUUUUUAAAGAUUUUAUUUAUUUGACAGAGACAGGGAGAGAGGGAACACAAGCAAGGGGAGUGUGAGGGGGAGAAGCAGGCCCCCUGCCGACAAGGAGCCCAGUGCGGGGCUCGAUCCCAGGACCCUGAGAUCACACCCUGGGCCAAAGGCAGAUGCUUAACGGCUGAGCCACCCAGGCUCCCCAACAUACUCUCUCUUAAGAGAAGUCACAGGGUUUUCAUUUUUCCCUUCUCACUGCCUUGUGAAGACAGGUAUCUAAAAUCCCCAUUUGCAAGUGAGGAAAUUGAAUUUGUGGUGUGAGAUCACACAGUGAAUUGAGCAAAGACUCACAAGCAAGUGCUUACUCUCUCAACCCUACAUUUGCCUUUACAUUUAAUGCUUAGAAUGAGGAAAAUUAUUCUUGGUGGUUUUAAGAAAAUAAUAAAGCUUUAUAUUAUAUUUAAUUAUCAAGAAACAAAAGAUUAAAACCAAGAAAACACUUUGGAGAUAAUCUUAGCCAAUGCUCUCAUUCUGAGAUGUGGAAUCUGAAUCCAGGGGGCAGCUCCCAGUAACUUGAGAGGUCCAGCCAUUAAAACCUACUCAGGGGCACCUGUGUGGCUCAGUCGGUUGAGCAUCCAACUCUUGAUUUCAGCUCAGGUCAUGAUCUCAGAGUCGUGUCGGG